UCAUUUGACGUUUGUGAUUUGUGAAAGACAUAUAUUUGCUUGAAAUUGAAAAGCAAAUUAUUUUGUUUUCUGGUGGUUUCUGGUUUGGUGUACCUUCUAAAAUAUCUAAAGAAAAAAGAGAAUUAUAAAUUAGAGAGGAUAAAAUAUGUCGUCGUAUAAGCCAAUUGACUCUAAAAGAGAAGAAUUCAGACGUUAUUUAGAACGUGCUGGCGUUAUGGACGCCUUAACAAAAGUUCUCGUAAGUUUAUACGAAGAACCAGAUAAACCAGAAGAUGCUCUCGAGUACGUGCGGAAACACCUUGGCACAGACGGAGGUGAAGACGAACUGGAGGCUGCGAAGGCUCGUAUCGCCGAGCUUGAAGUAGAGAACGCCAUGCUUAAAGGCGAAGCGCCGCCUACAGAAGGAUGAUUGCAUUCUUAGUGUAACUAUUUGUUGAUCUCAAUGUGAAAUGGAUCUCAAAAACUCUUGUUGAUUCUAAAGAAUUAUUAAUUUGUUAAAGAAUAAGAUGUUUUAAGUUCACGUGCUGGAAGCACAAUAAUUUUUUUUGUUAAUAUUUUUGUCAAGAAAAAAAAAAUAGAAACAGUCCACGCCUGAAUAAUACUUGUGGACUGUUUCAAUAUUUUUUAUUAUAAGUAUAUUUAUUAAGUUUCUAGAAUCUAGAUUCUAGAACAAUGUUGAGUUGAUUUUCAUGUGCAUAAUGCACAAAUUAUUUUAGUUUCGUUAAUUAUUGUUUGUAAGGUUUAAGAAUUUCAUAUUUGUACAAUAUGUGACAUUUAAUUUUCGAUUAUUAAUUGACAUUGAAAUGCUCCAAAAUAUUUCUGUCACUAUUCCUAUAAACAUCACAACUUGUUAUACAUUACACAGGUGACCUGAAAAGCAGCUUUUAUUGUUAAAAAUUGCAUUAAUUCUAAAACUUUCGGUUACUAAUAAAAAAUGGUGAAAUAA